ACCAUGGACCAGAGAAACUAUUCUAGGGUGGCUGAAUUUGUGCUGCUGGGACUCUCCAGUUCCUGGGAGCUUCAAUGUUUCUUCUUCGUUUUUUUUAACUUUCUGUACAUCACCAUUGUGCUGGGCAACUUCCUCAUUGUCCUCACUGUGAUUUCUGAACCUGCCUUGCAUACUCCCAUGUACAUUAUGCUCAGUAACCUUUCUGUCCUUGAUGUUUUUCUGGCUACUUAUGCCACUCCCAAGAUGAUCCAUGAUUUCCUUCAUGAACCCAAGACCAUCUCCUUUGAGGGCUGCAUGGCACAGAUAUUCUUACUCCAUGUAUUUGCUGGUGGUGAGAUGGUGCUCCUUGUAGCUAUGGCAUAUGACAGGUACGUAGCCAUUUGCAAACCUCUCCAUUAUGCAACCAUCAUGAACUUAGGCAAGUGUACAGGCUUUGUAGUAGGCUCUUGGGUCAUUGGGGUUAUACACUCCCUGAGCCAGUUAGCUUUCACUGUAAACUUGCCUUUUUGUGGCCCAAAUAUUGUGGAUAGCUAUUAUUGUGACCUUACUUUGGUUAUCAAACUUGCCUGUACAGAUACUUACAUCCCUGAAGUGCUCAUGCUUUUGGACAGUGGCCUUAUGGGGAUGACUUCAUUCCUGCUUUUGCUGAUCUCCUACACAUUCAUCCUGGUCACUGUGCGCCGCCAUUUCUCAGCAGGCAUGGCCAAGGCCCGCAGCACUCUCACUGCCCACAUCACUGUAGUGACCCUCUUUUUUGGGCCUUGUAUUUUCAUUUAUGCAUGGCCUUUCAGCAACUUUCCAGUGGAUAAACUCUUUUCUGUGUUUUCUACUAUUUUCACACCUAUAUUGAACCCCAUUAUCUACACAUUGAGGAACAAAGAGAUGAAAUCAGCAAUGCAUAAAUUGAAGACUCAGUACAUAAGUCCCAGGCUGCCUCUCCCAGGACUAGACUUGUUGAACUGCGCAGACAGGAGGAAAAUUGAGGUCACAUAG